UUCCAACUGCCAUACUGGUCAAGACACAAGAGACGCACCGUCAUGUAUCGCCUCGUAGCAUGCGCCCUUCUUCUCGCCUUGCUGGGCCUCGUCUUCUUUCCUACCUCUGUUGAAUCUCAUGCCGUGAUCAGAGAGAGGCCGACGAGAGGGUAUCGAGCUCGAGAGGCCGAUGCAAUCCCUCGGUAUGCGCCAGACCAGGAACCUCUCGAGAGCGAAGAGCAGGCGUCUCUGGAGGAACCAGAGGCUCCAGUACGGGAGCCCGAGCAACCGGUCGCUGAGAAGAAGAAGAAGAAGAAUAGCCCACCGCAUCAAAGACCCAUCUCCAAUGUGAAGACGACAGACAACAGCAUCGAAAAUGCUAUCUCACGUCUCAACGAUCUCAUUCCAGACGAAGUUCGCAUGAAAGGACUGCUCUCUCCCCUCACCGAAACCGGAGAAGCACUUCUCCGAGACCUGGCGUAUCGUACCCGAGCAUUCACAGAAAUCCUCUCCGUGUGGGAAACACUACAUCUUGUACCCAAUGGCCAUGAGCUACUCCUACGAGAUGUAAUCCCACAACUCCGAGCCAUGAAUCUCCCCGCAGCGAGCUUCGCCGACGCCGUACAUACCUACGAUCGAUUCCGAGCAUAUGUGAACAAAUUCGCCGCUGGCCUGUUUCCCUGGACCAUGGCUUUCUAUGCGGAUCACAUGUCACUGCAUGCGAGUUUCUACAGUGGUGGUAAGGGAAUGGUGCUGACUGCGGGAGAUGCUCAAGCGCAGUAUUUGCUCACUACGAUACCUUCUUUUCGGAGACUGGGCUGUGAUUUACCCAUCGAGGUGCUUUACCUGGGCGACGAGGAUCUCAGUGAGGACUAUCGAGAACAGUUGGAAGCUCUGCCGGGGGUGUUGACGCGAGAUCUUUCGCAAAUGGUGAAUGAUGAGGGCUGGACCUUGAAAGGCUGGGCCAUGAAGCCCUUUGCAAUUCUCAUGUCCUCGUUCCGAGAAGUCCUCUUCGUCGACGCCGAUGCCCUCUUCUUCACCAAUCCGCAAACCCUCUUCGACGACGAACAAUACACAAGCACAGGAGCCCUCUUCUUCAAAGACCGCAAUCUCUCUCCGGAAAAGAAACGAGGCUGGCUAAAAUCCAUCCUUCCAAAUCCAAUUUCCGACCAAGUCAAAAAAAGUCGCAUGUGGACAGGAGAAAGCGGACACAUGCAAGACUCGGGCGUCCUCCUCAUCGACAAAUGGCAACAUUUCGUUCCUUUACUCCUCGCCACCAGACUCAAUGGUCCCGAUCGCGAUGGAAAUCCCGCUACCGGCAAAAAGGGAGUUUACGAAAUGGUCUAUGGCGACAAAGAAACUUUUUGGCUCAGUUGGGAACUUGCUGGUGAUUCCUCGUAUGCUUUUCAUGAUAGUGUGGCUGGUACUAUGGGAGUUUUGAAUCACACGUCCGCUGCUGCCAACAACAAGAAAAAGACAGAAGCCAUGUGUUCCCCCCAACUCCUACAUUUCGAUCGUCAAGGUCGACCUCUAUGGUUCAAUGGCUGGUUAGCAGCGACAAAAGACGACGAGGACGAAUUCAAUUUCCAAACCUUUGAGGCGUUUUUGCGAGAGCCGAGGGAGAGAGGCAAAGGGAAAUUAUCUAAACGUGAUGAUGUUUGGACAAUUCAUGCUUCGAAUGUCGUCUGUUUGGAAGCUGAGGAGCAUUUCCCAUUUACGGCAUACGAACAGGAUAUUUUGGAUAUGUUGGUUGAUUUGGCGAGGGAGAAUUUGGAGUUGGAAGUUUCGCCGUCUUGAGGAAAAAGGGAAGGAGAGAGGGGUUUCUAUUAAUCUUCUCUUGUAUUUUUGAUUGUCAGACUUUUUUUGGUCAGAAACCCCCUUUUUUUUUAUUGGAAAUGAAUAAAGAGAAAUGAA